GAUCUUUUCUGUGAGCUCUGAUGUGGAUCUGUGACUUUUCAUAAAUCUGGACUGAAACGGGAUCAACCACGGCUUUAGAACCAACCACCGCUCCAGGACCGAACCCUGCUGCAGGACCAACCACUGCUCCACUGCUCUGGGACCAACCGCAGCUCCAGAACCAACCACUCCUCCGGGACCAACCGCUGUUCCAGGUCCAACCGCUGCUCCAGGAUUAUGCUGGCUGUUUUCCUCAUGAUGCUUGGUCAAUUCAACCAGGUCAGCAGGGAGGCGUGUCCAUGUGCUACCAUGGAAACAGCCUGCAGGUUUUGUCCUUUUGUCUUGUUACCACCUCCUCCUCUUCCUCCUCCUCCACCUCCUCCUCCUUCCAGAGAGAUGACGUUCUCAGUGCGGCCGUCUGCUGCUCCAGAUGUGAAGCUUGAGCUCCUGCCAGUCCUGAUGAUUGUCAUUCCUGCGUCAUUGAUCGUCUUAGUGGCGGUCUUCGUUGUCUGUUUUAAAGUUCUGAGCAGAAAACAGAGCAAGAAAGAAGAAGAUGGGAUGAACGCGGGAGCGAGCACCAGCAACACCCUCACCAGCACCAAUGACCGAGUCCAGUUCUGAGAAGUGUGAAGCAUGAAACAGGUUCAACAUAUCUGAGGUCAUACAUGAUCGGCAUCAGCUGUGGCUGAGAGGGAACAGGGCAUCCAGUACGGAUGUUUAGUCUUGCACCGUGCGUACAGGGAUUAUCUCAGAUGUCACUUACCUGCAGAUGUUGAGAUGUUCUAAAGAUGUCUCAAUUUACCACUGAGUAACAUUACACUGAAAUUGUUUCACAAAAAUCCUCAAGAUAGAUUCUUUUUCAGAUGAACCUUUAUCCAUCUUUACUUCUGAGAACUCUUUUGAGUUGGUCUUUUAAUACCCUUGUGUCACUUUUCCAGCCGAUUGUUUCCAACAUCCCAAGUUGUUUGACAUGCGU